AUGUUAUGUUCUCUCUACUCUACUUCCGCCGGAAACAUUACAAUCGCAAGAAUUUUAGUGUGUACUGUGUUUUUCAGGAUUUAGACAAACUAUCAACACUUCAAGCGUUUGAAAUGAGCGGGUACCCAACACUUCGACCUCAGCCGGUGUCCACAAAGGUUGUAAAUCUACCCAAUGGCCCGUAUGGUGUGCCAGAUGCCAUGUUGAAUGGGUUCCAAGUGAGCCGUGCCAGUGCUGGCCUGCAGUCUACCCACCCUCUGGAAAGUUCCGAGGAGCAGGUUUCCCGUCUGCCGGGUCUGCAAAGUUCCAACAUCAUGUUGGACACGCUGACAGGCAGGGAGGACUCCAUCGGAUUUGAAGAUUUUCUCAACAACCCAGCAGACAGUGAAGUGAUGGGCCAGCCUCAUAUCCUGAUGGAGAAACGACUAGGACUUUUGUAAUGUCCGACUCACACUUGCAGUAUCGCGUUCAUGUUUCUGCUACCCUCUCGGCCACUGCCGACUGGGGGUUUUGUUUUCACGUAGGAAUGCAUGAAAGACUGUUGUCUAGAUAUCUGGUGAAGACGAUUGUGUGUAUAUGUAUGUGUAAGUGUGUGUGAAUGUUUCAUUUACUUUAUUUCAUCGCAUUUUUUAUGGAUAGUUUUGGAUGAUCACUUCUCGUAUUUUUUUUUUGUAGCACGUUCCCAGUCCUGGUCUUGUACCAGAUUCACAUCUCAUUUAAGGCACAUGCCUUGAAACAGACUCUGUUCCUAAACUGAAGGGACUUGUUUUUCCAUUCUCAAAGUUUUCUUUAUAUUAUAAAGAUAUGGUGUUUGUUAGGCAAACUGAUGCGAGUGAAAGUGUCAUGUGUGAAGAUAGAUAUUUGAAAUUGAAAUGUUUGGCUUUUCAAAUAAAUGUUCAAUGACAAGUAAAA